GUGUCGCUGUUCUGACGUCAUAGUUUAAAUUCCACACUGGGAGCCUCCGCGGUGGGGCUUUGCGCGCUUGUUCUCACGCCUUCACUCAUUCACUGUCUCUCUCUCUCUCUCGCUCGUUUUUGUGCUCGUUGGCUCGCUCCUCACGCCGUCACUCGGGCAUCCUGCGGGGGGCUGAGAGUGCGCAGUGCGGCCGGCCCACCCGGGGAGUGGUUCCGCUCCUCGCCGUCAGUCACGCAGCCGGAGGAGGCGCGCACGCACGCAGACGCGACUCGCGCCGCGCACGUCUUCAACUUGCCUGCGAGUCCCAAAUCCAAAACAAGACACUCGCGCGCGCGCACAAGUUCUGGACUAAUCCGACUCUUGUGGACUUCCCCUUGACGUCCACCUGCUCCGGCGCGCGGAACAAUGCCGAGAAACGGCGUACGGUUCUCCUGCCGGUCCGCCCGCAAACUGCUUCCGCAGCCACUGCUACUGACAGCGGCUUGGCUCCUCCUCACCGGCCGAGGUGUCGGCGCUCAGAAGGUGCGCGUGGAGGAGGAGUUGGAGGCGUACCCCAACGAGUCGGUGGACCUGCGCUGUCAAUUCAUCGACAGUGAUAGCAUCACCAAACUCACGCAGGUGUCGUGGAUCUGGGAGCCCACUGAGGGCCAGCGAGACAAUAUCGCCGUCUUCCAUCCCAUGUACGGCCAGAGUUUCCCCGACUUGGCUUUCAAGGACCGCGUGGCCUUCCUGCACAACAAGCUGGUGAACCCGUCCAUCCGGAUCUCUGACCUGCGCAUGUCCGACGCCGGACGCUACACCUGCGAGUACGCCACCUACCCGACGGGCAACGAACAGGCCACCACUACGCUCGUCAUGCUGGCCAAACCCAAAAACUCUGCCAACGUGGUGACGGUGCAGGCGGGCACCAAGGCGAUGGUGGUGGCGCAGUGCCAGGCGGCAGAUGCCAAGCCGGCGGCGACCAUCAAGUGGCUGGCGUCGGUGGGGGGCAACCACACCACCAGCAGCACCGGCGGGCCCGACGGCACGGUCACCGUGCGCAGCGAGUACCGGCUGGUGCCCACGCCGGCCGACGACGGCCGGGAGGUGACCUGCAUGGUGGACCAGCGCACCCAGGACAAGACCUGGACGCACCAACUCAGGCUCUCUGUGGAGUACCCCCCCUCCGUCUCCAUCGAGGGCUACGACCACAACUGGUACAUGGGCCGCUCGGACGCCAUACUGGUCUGCACGGCCAACGGCAACCCGCAACCCACCACCGUCACCUGGACCGCGGCGUCGGGCCCCUUGCCAGAUUCGGUGCUGGUGGACGGCAACAAGCUGACGGUGAGGAAGGUGGACGACACCGUCAACACCACCUUCAUUUGUGAGGUCAAGAACAAGCACGGCGCCGCCAAGCACCAGAUUACCACCCUCGUCAUCGAGGAGGAGCGUCGUAUUGUGCCGGGCCCGUCGACAGGCGCGGUGAUCGGCGGGCUCCUCGGGGCCCUUGCCCUCAUCGGCAUCGUGGUGGGCCUCGUCUUCUUUAUUCGCCGACGCCAGCGCAACGCAGACGGCCCCCCGAAGCACAAGCCCCCACCCCCUAUCAAGAGCAGCGGCUCCACAGAGAUGCUGACCAAGCCGUCAGAGGCGCCCGCUGCCACCGAAAUGGCGCCGCUCACCCCGGCUGGGGACGUCUACUACGAACCUACGGGAAGCGAGCCUGUCAGGAACUUCGGCGACGAAACUCCCGGCGCGGCGAAUGGCGGCGGACCUCCAUUGCCGGACGAAGUGAACCUAAACCUGGACCCGAACCCGGACCUGGACUCCACCAACCAAGAGCCUCCGCCGACCGCCAACAUCGCUCGUGGCGAGAGCUUUGUGUCGCCUGCCAUGUAUGUGUAAGCGUGGCCGGCCACUAGGCGGCGCUCGCCGAGGGAACUUUUUUUUUUUCCAUUUUUAAACACUUUUAUGUUGCGUUGUCUCACUGAUGAGGGUAACAUCUUAACAACAUUUUAAAGGGGGGGGGGGGGUGUGACUCGAAUAAGGAAACAUUAUGGUUGUUUUGUUUUUUUGGGGGGGAACACACACACACACACACACAAACACAAGCGCAUUCAGGCAUCCAUCACAAGGAAUGUAACACAAAUUGUGCAUGUUAGGUAAACUCCCUUCUAUAAUGGCCUAAAAUCCUUAAUAUCGAAAUACCAUCAGUCAAACAAACUGUGCCGCCUUCUAGUGGUCAACCCUGGAAUUAUUGCAGAUUUCAACCAAAUUUAGGCCAAAAUAGAAGUACAUUGCGCCCUAAAAAGUUGCUGUAAUUUUAAUGACGGGACCGCUGACCCGAACACGCAAUGUAGAGGGGGUUUACUGUACACACACACCGACAUUUCUUUAGGCACACAAUCCAUUAUGAAGAAUAAUCAUCAUCCCUGUAAUGCUCACUUUGAAAGCUUUGUGUGAACCCUUCCGAAUAUUUUGAUGCUCUCGGAGGUUUCUUUUCAAGGUUUGGAAAGCACAUGCGCGACAAGCACACUCCUACACUAAUUUACUUUGUUUUUUUUAAUUACGAUAAUGGCUGUAAAGUGAGCGUUGUUAUCUGUGUACAUGCAAAGCUUUCAUCGGAAGGUGUUCCUAAUGAAGUGUCUGGUGAGCAUAUGAGGGAAAAAUACUGCCAUUAAAGUGGAUGUCAACAUUGUACCAAAUGACCAACAAUGUAAAUAGUACUGCUUAUGUUGAUGAUGAAUAAUUGUAACAACGAUGAUGAUAUAUAAUUAUUGGUGUAAAAACAAAACAAAAAAAGUAUCGUGUUCUCGGUGCUUCUGCAGAGGGGGUGGAGGUAUGUGUUUUACUUUUUAACAGAAAUGUCGUCACUGGACAGCCACAAUGCUGACGACGCAAAAAAAUAUGAAUAAUAACGCUAAUAAUGAAAUGUGUGCAUGGCAUGAUGACCGGCUUGUUCCUUCCCUUUGACUGCAGCAUCAUCGUCGUCAUUAAGACAAGUUGAAAAUCAAAGAAUUUUGAUUCAUGAUUAGUUUUUAUGUUUUGUUUUGUUUUGUUUUUUUACUCACAGCACUCAGACAACAAGUUGCCAGUUAAACUCAGAAAAAUUGAAGAUUCAAAUGCAUUUAUCAAUUUUAAAGGUUGUUUGUGUUGAUUUGUUGACAAUCAUGUUUGUUGCUUUUGUUGCAUGCUAAGUGAUAUAGAUUGAUUCCGAAACGGCAACUGGGAGUCGUAUAAGGCCAACACUGAAAAGGGAAAAAAUAAUAAUUCAGCGUACCAAUCCCUGUGUUUACAGUAAACAACAACCUGACUGCCAAACCUAUCUUAACAUCUCACAACAUGCAGCAAAACAUGCCCAAAGAUUGAGAAAUUGCUUUCAGCAGGCAUAAAAUGCCAAAUGGGCGGGGAUUAAAAUAAUUCCCGUCAUCGCUUUCUACUCUAAUCAGCAAAAACAAGCCUGAUCAUCUUUCAAAUGUAUACAGUGUCAAGUGAGUUAUACCUGGACAAGACCAAAUCAGCAAAAUAGCGGGACGGUGAACCCGCAACGUGCUAUGAAGGGAUUGAAGUCAACUAGUAACAAAAUGAAAACAUUUAAGUCUGUGUUCUAUGACAUUGCCAGAUCAAUUUGAAUUCAAUGAAUUGUUUUGAAACACUCUCAUGAAAAGGAUAGCGUGUUAGCUGUUAGCCAGUCCCAGACAGUUGUUAUCACAGAGCCACAUGUGCCUUGUUUGUUUAUUUGUUUGUAUGUUUGUUUGUUUUUUAAAGUAUUAUUAUUUGUUUGUGAGCUUUUCAGUCCUCACCGCCCAACCACAAUGACCUCGAUAGUCACACUGGAGAUGUCUUUCGUUUUUGGCAUAACCUUUAUUUUGUACGCUUUUGGGAGGGGAUAAAUAUUACUGGACAUGUUUUACAAAUCCUUGUCUUGUCAAAUAAAGAGAGAACGCAAGUGUCCAGAAGCGUCCUUUAUGACAUGCCCGGCAGCCACAGGGAUUGAGUUAAAGUGAAAACAAAAUAAAGACAGCUUGCUAAUAGAUGUAGCUAACAUUCAUUACAUUGUUAGCUCAUGAUGGCUAACAGCAACAAAACCUCCAUUCAGUCAAUGCUUUGUAUCAUUUUUGCCACUCAAGUUUGUGUUUGAAUUGACCUUCCACUGUAACUUGUCACUAACAAAUCUAAUUUUGAGAAACUUGCCAGAAAGGUAAAUUGUACUUUGGGCAGUUCGACUGAAGUCAUCAAACUACUGCUGAACUGACUGAUGGAAUUCCUUUCCCAAGGCUGCUCCAAUGUCACCAUGAGCAAUACUGCUAGCAGUAUUUGUAUUUGUGUAUUUAGUCACGAUUGUCAAAUAAAAAUAAUCCUGUUGUUGA